AUGGACUCUCGUCCGCGCAUCCUCUUCCUCGACGCCUACGACUCGUUUGCCAACAACGUCACCGCCCUGCUCGCCACCUUGCUGCACGCCGACGUGCGCGUCCUGCCCGUCGACGCACCGCUCUCGGCUGCCGCUUUUCGCCGUGAGCUGGGCUGCUAUGACGCCGUCGUCUGUGGGCCUGGCCCCGGCUCACCCGACUGUGCGGCCGACGUCGGCCUGAUGCGCCAUGUGUGGGACGGCGACACGCCGGCCCUGGGCAUCUGUCUGGGCUUCCAGAGCCUGGUGGCCGCCCACGGCGGCCGCGUUGUCCGGCUGCCCUGUGGCGGUCUGCACGGGAUGGUGCGAGCUCUGGAUGUCGUGGACUUGAACGAGGACAUGGAAGUUGGAGUCGACCUCUUUGCCGACGUGGCCCGACCCUUUCGCGCCACGCUGUACCACAGCCUGGGCGUCGUGGCCGGCACCUCCUCGUCCUCCGCAUCCGACCUGCCGGGAUGUCCCGAUCUGCUUCCACUGGCCUGGCUCGACGGAGAAGCUGCCAUGCCCGACAACUCGCGCAUCCUCAUGGCUGUCCGCCACCGCCAACGGCCGUUCUGGGGCCUGCAGUACCACCCCGAGUCCAUCUGCACAGACGCGGCCAGCCACGCCGUGCUCGUCAACUGGUUUGGCGCCGCACAGCAGUGGAAUGCGGAGCACGGACGACUGCCAACCCGAGGCUGCUGCGACGAGGCUGCCCAUCAGGCAACACGGCCCAGCCUGUUGUCGCUGCGGCCGUCCAUCGGCACUGGAUCGUCCGUCGGCGACUUGUGGUGCUUUGCGGCGCUGACACGCGGCCUUGCCUCGCAGACGAUCCGUUUUCCCGCCCAUGUACAGGUGCCCGACAUCGUCGAAGUUCUCCUCGGUGGCCAGCCGUCGCGAGACGAGCCGGAGCACAUCGUCCUCGAGUCGACUAGUGCAGCAGCACGCUCAACAGAAACUGACGCUGACGCUGCCACUACGGACGACGCCGCCAGGGGCCGCUUUAGCAUCGUUGCACUCGAUGCUGCCGCCGCCCUGCGCAUCGAAUACCACACCGGCGACGCGACGGCAACGCUGCGGCUGCGCCGACCGGGAUCUGUUCCACGCUGUGAGACCGUCCCGCUGCAGCCGGGCGCACAGUCUAUCUGGCAGCUUCUGGCCGAAUUUCACGAAGCCCGGCGACUCCAGGAGGAGGACCCCAGCCAACGGCCAUCCUUUGUCGGCGGUUUCAUGGGCUACGUGACCUAUGAGCAGGGGCUGGACGAUAUCGGCGUGGCUGCUCCGAGCAGCACCCGUGGCCACAGCCGUCCGGACGUGUGUCUCGCCUGGAUCACCCGCAGCAUAGUCGUCGACCACGUCCGCGGCCUGCUCUACGUGCAGAACCUCUAUGGUGAGGGCGAUGCGCACAAUGCGUCUGUCUGGGUGGCCGACACGGUCCGCCGGCUGUGCACAUCCUCGCAGUGGCGGCAGGCCGACUUCUCGACGACACAAGCUACCAUAGACAGCAAGCCGGCUGCAGCCAUGGUGGUGCGGACUCCCGACGCUCGAGACUAUGAGGAUCGCGUGAGAGCCUGUCAGGAACACAUUGCAGCCGGCGACUCGUACGAGCUGUGCCUCACCGACCAGACGGAUGUGCAGGUGACGACGUCUGUCGCAGCAUCGUCAUCUUCCUCGUCAUGGAGCUACUACCGAGCCCUGCGGCUGCGCAACCCGGCCCCCUUUGCGUCAUACGUCCGUCUCGGCAGGGCCACUCUGGUUAGCAGCUCGCCCGAGCGGUUUCUGUCCUAUGGGCCGAGCACCGACCGAGACAGUUCAGCUCAGCCCGGCCAUCCCAUUGUCUGCUCUAUGCGCCCCAUGAAGGGCACCGUGCGCCGUUCGGCCGCUGUGGCCACGCUGGCCCAGGCUGCCGCCCUGCUGCACGUGCCCAAGGAGGAGGCCGAGAAUUUGAUGAUCGUCGACCUGGUUCGCCAUGACCUGCACGGCGUCUGCGGGCCCGCCCAUGUCUCCGUGCCUGCUCUGCUGCGCGUCGAACCGCACGGCCGCGUCUUCCAGAUGGUGAGCGUCGUCGAGGGCCGUCUGCCGCUGACCGACGCUUCCACCAGCUCCUACACCGGCCUCGACGUCCUUGCCGCCAGCCUCCCGCCCGGCAGCAUGACCGGCGCGCCCAAGAAGCGCAGCUGUGAGCUGCUGCACAGGAUCGAGUCCCGUCCCGAGCGCAGCCUCUACUCUGGCGUCGUCGGCUACAUGUGCGCCUCCGGCCGCGGCGACUGGAGCGUCACUAUCCGCAGUCUGUUCCGCUGGGAUGACGAGUCCGUUGUGGUUGAUGGUGACGGCCACCGUCGCGACCUCUGGCAUGUCGGUGCUGGCGGAGCCGUCACCAUCCUCAGCACCGCCGAAGGCGAGCGCGAAGAGAUGCUCACUAAGCUGGCCGGGCCGUUGGCUGUCUUCGGCGACGACGACUACUGA